AUGACUCGGUCGGUCUUUCCUGCAGCCGCCACAACCGAUGAUUGGACCGUGGGUAUCAUAACGAUCGUCUGGAAGCUGCUAUUUUCUCCUUCUCACAUCUAUCCUUCUAGGCCUAUUGUGGCAAUGCUCUGUCCACGUAUCCCCCCUGUCCUCAACGGUGUUUCUGCCUUGAAACCUCCUGACACACAUUUGCCAACGCACCCGCCACCUACAUUCCCGCCAAUCAAGCGCAUGGCCCCCCAGCCCCGCAAAGCUAUGACUGAUGAAGAACCCCACAUGGCCCCCCCGGACCCCUCCGUCUAG